AUGUCUCGCAUCGUCCGCGUCGCCGCCGCCCAGAUGGGCACGACUAACGUCUGGGAUGCCCGUCCUGAUACCCUGAAUCGCAUGAUCGCGCUGCUGAACAAUGCUGCAGAUGGCGGUGCGCAGCUCGUCGUUUUCCCGGAAACGGCGUUCACCACGUUCUUCCCACGGUACAUAAUCCUCGACGAGCAAGAACUGGAAAGCUGGUUUGAGCACGGCGAUAUUCGUACCGCUCCCAACACAAAAGCCCUCUUCGAUACCGCGCAGAGCCGGUCUGUGGAUAUCGUCGUAGGUUUCGCGGAGACGACUGACGCAGGCGACCACUACAACACCUGCGUAUACUACCAUGCCGCAACGGGGUCCAUCCUCUCCAAGUACCGCAAGAUCCACCUCCCAGGCGAUAAGGAGCCUUUCCCCGACCCCGAGGCAGUCAACCAGCUCGAAAAGCGGUACUUCUUGCCGGGCGAUCUGGGAUGGCAGGCGUUUCGCGUCCCCGGUCUGGUCAACCCCGCGGGACAGGGCGACCCUAUCAUGGGAAUGAUGAUCUGCAACGACCGACGUUGGGCGGAGUCGUGGCGGGUCCUCGGACUCCAGGGGGUGGAAAUCGUGCUGGUUGGAUACAACACGACCAGCUUCGCCCCGUCGCUGUGGGGCGUGGCGGCCGAUAUCGAUCCCAAAGAGGCAGAGGAGAUAUCCCUGUUCCAGCACAAGCUGGUCAUGCAGUGCUACAGCUACACCAAUUCUUGUUUCUCCGUUUCCGCCGCGCGGGCUGGUCUAGACGAUGGAAAGUACCCGUUGAUCGGGGGAUCAACUAUCAUUGAUCCGGACGGGCGUUUGCUAGUUGAAAGCAAGACCACAGAGGACGAAGUUAUCAUCGCGGACUGCGACCUGCUGCUCUGUCGACCGGGAAAGACCAGGACGUUCGACUUUGCGCGCCACCGCCGCGUCGAGCACUACGGACGGAUCGUCCAGCAGACGGGCGUGAUUGAACCACCCCAUGAGACAGUCGUGGGGCCCUGCGUCGAGGCCCAUACAGCACAACGCCCCGUCGGACGAUAUCGCAUUCUCCUCGUCAAUCCUAAUUCCUCCAAAUUCAUGACAGACAACUGUCUCGCAUCCGUGCAGCCUACUCUCCCGCCAGAUGUUGACGUCGUCGGCUUCACAGCGCCCGAGCCCGCACCAACAGCCGUAGAAAGUCACGCGGACGGGAUUCUCUCUGCGGCAGCGACACUCCGCGCGCUGCUGCCCAUUGCAGAGCAGUAUGAUGCGUUUGUUGUCGCAUGUUACAGCGACCAUCCGCUGAUCCACGCACUGCGCGAGGAAGUACGCGCCCCCGUUGUCGGGAUCAUGGAAGCCAGUCUCUUUUCCGCGCGAACCGUCGGGACUAGAUUUGGCGUAGUCGCCACGUCGGCACGAUCAGAGACGAUGCACGCGGACGCGGUGCGCCAGUAUGGACUGAGCGCAUUCUGCGCGGGGGUUAAAAGCAGCGGGCUAUCUGUCCUAGAGCUAGACAGUGCAAACGGGAAUGUAGUAGAGAAAGCUAUGUGUAGCACGGCGGUGGAACUUGUCCAGAGGGGAGCGGAUACUGUCACGCUCGGGUGUGCCGGUAUGACGAACCUAAAACAAGCAGUGCAAGAUGCUGUUGGGGAGGACGUUACGGUCAUUGAUGGGGUAGUGGCAGGCGUGCAUCAUGUCGUGGGUAUUAUACGGAGUGGACUGCGUACUGCUAAGGGAGGAGGCUAUUCCAGUGCGAAGGCGCAGAGAGUGGCGCGAGGACAGGAAUAUGUUUGA